CACACCAAACACACAGCAAAAGAAAGAAUAACAAAAAGAGAGAUAGAGAAAGAGAAAUAGUUUUCACAAGAAAGCAAAUACCACACGAUGAAACCAGCUGCAACCACAAACUUGGUGAUCUUCUUGCUGCUCACGGUCGUCGUCACAGCAUCUGCUCUUGGGAUCAACGAAGCCGUGAUGGAUGCCAAAGGGAGACCAGUUAAGCCCAACAAACCGUAUUUCAUCCACCCGGCCGGUCAACCAGAAGUAUGGAUCUCUCGUCACCAGCGAUUCCUCGACAUUCAAUGUCCACAAGUGGCCGUAUUGUCGGAUAGACAUAGACCUUUGUCUGUUGUAUUCUUGUUGCAGUCAGGAGCAGACUACGUUCCCUUGUCCACCAACUUAAGCAUUCGCUACGACGCAUACGAUCAUUGCCCUGAGUCAGGGAUCUGGAGAGUUGACAAAAGCUCACCUUUCCCAACACCUGACAUAACUGCGGCCGGUUCUGUCUUUGCACCUGACAGCACGUUCACGAUCCAGAAAGACAACGAUGUCUACAAGUUUGUUUACGAGUCUAGCAGUGUCGGUGUAUUCACGGAACCAACCAGUCUUAUAGAGCACCUUGUUCUCAACCCAAAUUCCCUUGACGUCAUCUUUGUGCCGAAGGGUGAUGAGCCAGGAUAUAAGGAGGCUUCAUCUUACUUGAAGACUACGGUUCCUUUUAUCUACUGA